AAUAUGAUUUAAUUAUACCAUUUAAUUAAUUAUAUAAUUUAUUCAAAUGAUAUGAUUCCUUUUCCAGAUAUGAGAUCUGUUACUAAUGGCACCAGUCCAGCCCGAUCAUUCCCACAGCCUGCUGAGGUGCCACAUCCAGACCAGGCUCGGCAGGCGGCCCCGGCGAGGCGAGGACUGCCAGCCGACCUUCCCCGAGUUCGUGGAUUACCUGCUGGAGGAGCGGGCGAAGGGCAAGGCCCCGAACGAGCACUGGGCGCCCUACCACUCCUUCUGCUCGCCGUGCCAGCUGCCCUUCGACUACGUCCUGCGCUUCGAGAGUCUGCUGGAGGAGGAGGCCUUCCUGAUCCAGGCGGUCCCAGGACUCUCAACCGUAGUGCAUCCUCGCCGACUCCACUCCUCCCACACAGACUACGAGGCCGUCACUAAACUCUACUUUUCCCAGCUGUCCAGAACGAAGCUGGCGGGUCUGUACGAGAUCUACAAGCGCGACUUCGAGAUCUUUGAUUACGACGCGACACCUUAUUUCGCCUACGCUAAGGCUUCACACUUCAUACAGACACAGUCUUCUACCCCAAUCACACAGGAAGGUCCAUACAGAAUGAAAUUUGAAGACGUGUGA